UUUUGAAUGUUGAUUGUUGUGCUCAUAUCUCAAUUCUCAUCUGAAGCUAAACUAAAACAAAACCUUGUCAGGAUUGUUAUUUUAUAUUUUAUUCCGUGCUUGUUGUGAUUGUGUUGUGACUUAAAUUAGUUUUGAUGAAUCAAGAUGGAUCAGACAACGAUGCAGAACAUAUCCUUUCAGCCAAAAACUAUGGCGGAAUUGCUUCCAACUCUUGCCCUAAACGGUAUAUUAUCUAAGGAUGCAAUACUGACGCUUACUGGUAAAAAGAAGCCUCGAAACACUAUGGCAGUUAACCGAACAGCUGAGAAGGCCAUGAAGCCACUAACUAUGGCUGAAAUGAGAGCUCAAUUACAAGUUUUCAAAGGCCGCACCCCUUGCAAGGCUCAGCCCGCGACAUCAACGAAGAAGAAAAACUGGAACUCUUCCAUUAAAGUGGACAAGAGAGUGAGCCACACGGCAGAAGGGAAGCUGCGCAAUAAUGUGGUCAGAAAGGUUCUCAAUUUCCAACCACCUAAACCUGUAGCUCCAGUUCAGGCCAAAACCAUAUCAAAUGCCCAUGUAUCAAUGAUGCCACCUGCUCACUCAAGAAUGACUUUAACAGCAGCUGCAUCCAAAGCUAGGAUGACUCUUAUGCCUCCGGAGACUCCAAAGUUUCCCAAACCAGAACACAGAGCAAAGAAGUCAUUGUAUACUCAAGCUAAAACAAAUGUACGGAUCAGCGGCAUAUGCAAUAUUCCAGAAACACCCGUAGAAACUAAACCACCAAAACCCAAAGUAACUAUUGCCAACAAAGAAAACAGCUUGUACCAGGCUAAUAUUAACAGAAAAUCCACUGCUCCCAAGCUCAUCCACCACAAGAAGCUGGCGCCACCCCCCAUACCUGACACACCUUUAUCCAAUGACUCCUGGAAAUCUGGCAGCGAUGCCAGUUUCAUACAAAAAGAAAAGGAAAUCCAUGAAACUGAGGCUAUAACAAAUGCAAUAUUAGAUGCACAACGCACUCUUGAGAACAUAGCCGAGGUCUCACCACCCAUCGCAACACCAUUCAGGGAGUACAGAAACAAUAUAGAAUGCCACAACAACUCCAGUGUUAUGGACAAUUCUAAUGCUGAAAAUGACACUAUCAUGUGCUUUGAUAACCCUACUAUGUUAGAAAGAGUCAAUAAUCAAGAUGAAAGACUAAAGGGAAGUGAAAAAGUUGACAGAGAAGAAAGUGUGAUUGUGUCAUUAUGUGACAUGCUAAAUAAAGCUACUGUCACUAACUCUGAGAGCAUAUCUAAGCUGGAUGAGCUACUUAAAGUUGAACGGCAGACUGAGCACAACAUUAAAAUCAUAGAAGAUGGUAUUCAAGCUCUUAAAAAUAUCAAACAAUUGCAAUGUAAAGAACUAUCUCAAGUGAGGAAGCUGAUAAGAGACAGAAGAAACAGUAGAAAAGUGUCAGACAGUGAUAAAGAUACAACUUUAGUUGGUAACAGUGCUGAACCCCAAAGUCCUCCAAAGAGUCCAGUCGGUCACCCUUGUCCAGUUACCAGAUUAAGUCCAAAAUCCCCUUCUUAUAAGAUACCUAAAAGAACUCCAUGUUUGAGGAAAAGGGUGUUUUAUAAAUCAAUGCCUAAUGUAGUGUCAGACAUGAGCACUCCAGUGAAGUUAGAUGGUGGGACAGCUUUAAACAUGUAUAUGGAGAUGAAAGAGCAGUUGCAUUUCUUGAACACUCCGCUGGUGAAGGCGCGACCGGCGCUGGUGCCUGACACGCCGGCCAUCACCUCGCAAAAUCUUCAGAUGCAACUAAAUAGAUUAUACAACAGAAGCUAGUAGUAGUAUUAUGAUAUGAGUUUAAAAGUCCGGUAUCGAUUUUAGUCGCAAAAAUGUAAAAUUGAUAGAUUUAGUCGGUGAAAUUGUACACCUUUUGCUACGUAAUAGAAAUAACAAGUACUGGUUUCUAUUAGCACGUCUUCCCAUCUUGCCGUUUAAUCGAUCAAUUUUUUUAAAACAGGCUCACUAAAUUAGUAAUAAUUUUUUUUCUGAUGGACGUUUAGGUAAACGCGCGUAAAGCACUGAUUUUGUCGGUCUUAUUUGUAAAUUUGGACUGCUAAAGAUGGCAAAUUUGUAUUACACAUAUCCUAUACUCCACUUUUAAUAGACUACAUUUUUGUUUUUAUGACUUUGAAAGAUAUCAAUUUUAUUUAAUUAUAUAAAAAGCUUAAAAUUUUUAAGAUCGUUUGAAAGUUAAAAAUUAAACAAUUUAUUUGUUAUAACGUACAUGUCAUUUUACAAUACAUAAAUUACAUAAAAUCAUUACAUUAAUUGCGCGACAACAUAAAUAAUAAAAUUUGAAAAUUUUGAAUGAAAUUUAGACGAAAUUAAUUUUCUCCAGAAAUUACUUCAAAACAAGUGACAAUUUCUUUGAAAAUCGACUUAAUUUCAACGUAAUUUUGAUACUUCAUUUUCUGAAACUGUUCUUAUACAUCAUUUUGUAUAAUUUACCACCAUAAUUUUUUGAUGUUUUUUUAAAAACUGCCCCUUCUCGUCAUAUAUUAACGGUGACGCACGCUCGCGACCUCAUUAUUAAAAGGCAAGAUGAGAAGACGUGCUAAUAGAAACCAAUACUUGUUAUUUAGAUAUUACGUAACAAAAUGUGUACAAUUUCAACAACUAAGGGUCGGUUGCACCAAACUGUUUGUCAUCGUUAAAGAGUUCUCUAAAUUUUAUUGUAUGGAAAGUUUCAUAGUAAACCGCCGCGGCGCGCCGGGUGACGUUGAUCAGUCUGUCAAGUGCGGAUGGUGCAACUGGCACUAAAUCUAUUAAUUGUACAUUUUUGGUCUAAAAUCGUUACCGGGCUCUUAAUUAAAAAGAGCUUCACAUUUCCAGUAGCCCCACAACAUGUCAUCAUAGGAUUGCUGUUGGGUAAAUAGACGGAAGUUCCUUUGAUAUUACUGGAAACAUAAUUCAUAACAUUUUUAUUCAAAAUAGAUUCUUACAUAACACUUUUUGAAGGUCUAGAAUUGUAGGGAGAUGUUAAAAAUUGAAUAUACAGGUACGUUAAAUUAUAAUUUAUAUGUCACGCUUAACUGUAGAUGUAGAUAAGGCAUCCGACCAUACGUGUCUGUCUGUCUGUCUGCUAAUUAAUCGUCUUCUCUAGCCUUUCUUUAUUACACUCGAUUAUAAUUACGUUUAUAAUUGUAUACAUGUCAUAUUAGCAUUCAUAAAUUUGGGGCCCAUUUCUGGAGCAAUAUUAGACUAAUAUUAUUAGUCCACGAACUGUCAAAUCGUAUGGGUUGCCACCAAUACACCAAUAAUAUUAGCCUAAUCAUCAUCUUCCUCGCGUUGUCACGGCUCAUGGGAGCCUGGGGUCCGCUUGGCAACUAACCCCAAGAAUUGGCGUAGGCAAUAGUUUUUACGAAAGCGACUACCAUCUGACCUUUCAACCCAGAGGGUAAAUUACCUUAUUGGGAUUAAUCCGGUUUGCUCACAAUGUUUUCCUUUACCGAAAAGCGACUGGUAAAUAAUAAAUGAUAUUUCGUACAUAAGUUCUUAAUACUCAUUGGUUUGAACCCGCGACCUCCGGAUUGCAAGUUGCACGCAAUAUUAGCCUAAUACCGUUCGAGUAAUGGGCCCCUGUUAAGGGCCUGACACUCUUUGAUAGAGAAUUAUAUUUAUAUUGCGAUUCCUAUAAGAGGAAAGAGAAAAUGGUGCCAUGCUUUGUCCUUAUCACCGACCGGGUGGCAUCAUAGGUAGGAGGCGAUGGCGAAAUACCGAAAUUUAUAAGACUGUAAGAGAAAAAAUCCUAUGCUGCCCAAAUCUUAUAUGAAUAUUCUUUAUCUUACCCCCGGUCGCUCGGUGGCGCGUCUAUAGCUACUUGUAUAUACUAUGUCUAUGGCCUCUGUAGUACUGUAGGUAGUAGUCUAAUUUAAGGUAUACUGUCCCUCUUGACUCUCCUAUCUAAACACGACAGCCGCAACUAUUUUAUGUAACAUACAACAGUAAACUUUAUUUAGAAUGUUUUAAGGUGCAAUUUUAAUUGACGACCGGUCUGGCCUAGUGGGUAGUGACCCUGCCUGUGAAGCCGAUGGUCCUGGGUUCGAAUCCCGGUAAGGGCAUUUGUUUGUGUGAUGAGCACAGAUAUUUGUUCCUGAGUCAUGGGUGUUUUCUAUGUAUUUAAGUAUUUAUAUAUUAUAUAUAUCGUUGUCUGAAUACCCAUAACACAAGCCUCCUUGCCCUCCUUGGGCUUACCGUGGGACUUAGUCAAUCUGUGUAAGAAACUAAGAAUGUCCUAUGAUAUUUAUUUAUUUAAUUAAUUUUUACUGUAACCCGUGUCAUCUAUUUGCCGACUGUCAAAGGGUUAAAUCGGAUCCUGGCAUUCAAACUACUGAUAUUUUUCUUUCAAGUUUUCCAAAUUUCCACAUGGAAAAACUUUGGAAACAUGUAUGUAUUUUUAUUUGAGACGCGUAAUUUUUCAUUUCCAAAAUUAAAGUGUCCUUUGUUUCGUGUAAAUUUUCCUGAAAUUUCUAACUUUGGACACUUUCCGCAACUUGCACAUCAGGGUGCGUAGCCAACGUGCAAUCGUUAACGCUCCGUAGCGAGCGAAACGCAACUGUCACUGUCGCACUAGUAUGGAAGAGUGAUAGAGAGAGAUGACUACGAUACGCUACGGAGCGUUAACGAUUGGCACGUUGGCUACGCGUCCUGGGCUAUAAUCGCAAAAACUGAAAUUCGCAAAUUGCGGGCAUCUUUCUCUUUUACACCAAUUAAGUCAUAAUUAGAGUGACAGAGAAAGAUGCCCGCAAUUUGAGGCCUUCUUUAACCCAUAUCUGAUUAUGCUUGAUUUUUUUCUUUUUGCCGAAAAUUAUUAUAUUUUGUAAUUUAGACAGCACUGUUUGCAAUAGGUUUUUAAUUUAUUUUUAUUUAGAAGAUAGACAUAUUUAUUAAGCGCUUAUUGCAUAUUAAAUAAUUGGAAGUACGGGAACAAAUAACACUGGAAUGUAAUAUAAAUAUA